CGCGCGCGUGACCACUGCUGGAGGUGAACUCUUGCUAGGCAGAUGCUAACAGCAGCAGCGUCAGUCACACUUAUUUAACAUAGUGUUUUACGACUUUACUGCGGUAGGAAAGAGAACAUGACCACGUCACGUCGCUGUUUGUCCUCGCGUGUUUCUGUAGAACAGAGUCUGACUGAAGUUGUCACGUAACUGCCGCUGACGGUAUAUAGCUAGCUAGCUUUAGCUGAAGGAGUAGUGUGCUCCGCCGGGCGGGGGAAGUGUUGACUGGCGCUCGACUGAUACGAGACGUUCGCAGAUGGUCACAGUGGAUAUACAACAUGGUGUCUCUGGAGACAGCAGGUGUGUCCGUCUCCUCCAUCGGUCCGUGACACGCUUCGCUGGCGGCAACGGAAUCAACCGACUCCAAGACGGCAGCAGCAGCGGGGGAGAACCUGGACCCACCCGGGUCCACAGCCAGGACGAAGAUGGAGUUAGCAGCGGCUCACCCAGCUCUUAAAGCCUUUAUGUGUGGCUCCCUCAGCGGCACCUGCUCUACGCUGCUCUUCCAGCCUUUGGAUCUGGUGAAGACACGGCUUCAGACUCUGCAGAACAAGGCCAAGCCAGGUGCACCAAAGGUGGGGAUGUUUGCUGUUUUCGUCAAUGUCAUUAAGACAGAGAAUUUCUUCAGUCUGUGGAAGGGCGUCUCACCUUCAUUUGUGCGCUGCAUCCCCGGAGUUGGCAUCUAUUUCAGUACCUUCUACUCCCUGAAGCAGCAUUUCUUCCUGGACCGGGCACCCAGCGCUGGCGGGGCUGUUCUCCUCGGAGCGGGUGCCAGAGCUGUGGCUGGCGUCUCUAUGCUGCCAUUCACCGUCAUCAAGACACGCUUUGAGAGUGGCUGCUACAACUAUGUGAGUGUGGUCGGCGCUCUGAGGAGUGUGUAUGAGACCGAGGGGAUCCGGACUCUGUUCUCAGGGCUGACGGCCACGCUGCUCCGAGACGCUCCGUUCUCCGGCAUUUACGUCAUGUUCUACAGCCAGGCAAAGAGGGCGCUGCCGCCAGAGGUGUCAUCAUCGGCCUACGCUCCGCUGAUGAACUUCGGCUGUGGAAUGGUGGCGGGUGUCUUGGCGUCGCUGUUCACACAGCCUGCAGAUGUGGUGAAGACCCACAUUCAAGUUAGCCCGUCCCACUGGAGCACUGCGGAUGCUGUUCGCUACAUUUACAGGGAGAACGGCAUGGGCGGGUUUUUUCGUGGAGCUGUACCCAGGUCUCUUCGGCGCACGCUCAUGGCUGCUAUGGCUUGGACUGUUUACGAACAACUGAUGGCUCGAAUGGGCCUCAAAUCCUGAAUAGCAGUGGUGCUGAGCCAUAAAAAGAAAUUAAAUAUGAGGGGAUAACGAUCUAUUUUCUGAGCAAGAAGAAAAGAUGAGCUUACAGGGAGUGAGUCAACACUACCAGGAUUUUAGGCAGAGGAACCAGGUGGAUAGUGAGUGUGCGUCUGGGUGUGUUUAUUUAAAUGUUUGUGGAAAUGUCUGAAGGUGUGUAAGUUUGAGAUGUUACACAUGAGACGCACUAAUGUCAGUCUUGGACUGAAGUGACACUCCCUGCUGUGAACUGAACUCAUUCCUUGUCUUACUAUUUAUGUGUGGACGCCCUGAGGUACGGCUACUACUCAAGAAAUGCCCUUGACAGAGAGCCUGUGUCCUCGCGGGGCAGCUCAGUUGCCUUUGACAUGGUGUUUUUGGAAAGACUGCCAAGAGAAACGGGACAUUCAGCAGGCUGGUGUACCCAAGCUAUGCUGAGGUAACCAAAAACAAAAGCACUUCAGAGAAGGAGAUGGGAGCUCUGGCUUCUGCAAUAUUUAUGAAACUUAAGAUUGGGCGGUGCUUCUCACUUGCCAAUUGAUAUUGAUUGAAAGGCAGACUUGGAGGACAUUCAUUUGUUUCACGCUCAGACAAUCACAAGUAUUUACACAGCUACAAUAUGUGAGGAAAAACGGGAUUAACUUCAAUAAUCACAAUAAAGCCUUUGUUGCCGUAUUUUGCUCAAAACUAUGCUAAUUAAAACUUAAAACUGUGGGGCAUUUUGAAAUAAUAAAAGUCACAUCUGUAGCUAACAUAUAUUGAUAUCUGUGGUGGCAUCUCAGUCAGAUCAGGAUUUUGUGGGGUGUUUUUGUUAUUAUGAGUUUUGUGACUUAAAGGUGCCCUGUGGAGUUUCUGACCACUAGUGGCGCUGUGGAGCAACGCUUGAGGAGUGCGUCCCAAUUUUGUUUGUGUUGUGCACAAAGGAGCAAAAAACAUAGUAAUGCUGCCAUGUUCACACUAUUCUACUUUGCUGCAGUAACAUUCUGUAUAGCUUCACAGAUUUACAGUAAAAAAGGCAUUUUUAAAACCAUUCUUCACGGUGGUGAAGUCUAUAAACAGUCAUAUUAAUGAGUAGUAGUAGCAGUGUAGCAAAGGAAAGAGAGAGGACGACAAACAUGGAUGUAAUCAAUGCACAAUUAAAAAUUUCAUAAAGUUGGAUCCUCAAAUUCGGAGGGAAAUGCAUUCAACAGGUUCGUUAGACAUCGAGGAUACACAAAAAUCACUUUAGUCACUCAAACUGAUUGUAAACAUAACGUUUGUUUACGAGAUAAAUCCAGAGGGCACCUUUAACAGCAAUGUGAUUUACAUUUUCCCUGAGUUUAAGUUAGCACUUUUGACUUUUUGUAUUUGUUCUACAAAUUAAGUAAACCGUUUGACAGGGUUAAAUUGAGCUCUUUCAGAUGUUUUGAGUCAUUAACUGUCUGUGAUUAAAUGUGAAACCUCUUUGCAUUUUCCCAGAACCUCAAGCUUGCAAGUAAAGCACUGCUUAAUCAUUUUUGCGAUUGCGUUUAUAAGAAUUAUACAGAAUCCAUAUCAGUGCUGGAGACACGUGGAUACUGACGGUGUCCACCUCCUGCCUGGCUCCUUAUAAAUACAUACGACUUCAACAGAAUUAUUAGUGGUAGAGUACGAAGACCAUAUUUUAUGUUGCUUGUACAGUGUACACUUUCUAAGAUACUCAUUUGUGUUGAUAUAAAAGAAGUUAUUUACUGAAAAAGAAAAUAUAAUAUAUAAGUGUUUUAUAGAAACUGCCAAAUGGUAGAUGUCAUUGGUGGAGGAGAUUGAAAGAUUUAAGUGUGAGUCACCCAACACGUAUUCUCCUGUUAGGUGUGUUACCGCUAGAGAAAGGUCAGUCCCGUGUGAUCUGUUGAUAACCUGCAGCAAAAAAUAAAUCAAAUCAAAUCUGGAAUUACUUAACUGAGCAUUGAGGUGAAAAAGUGAGAGGGGAAGGGAGGGAUAUGUGAGGCGAUGCACUUUUAAAGAAACAUGAUUUUUUGGGUUUGUUAUUUAUUUAAAAGUGGAAGUUCUUGCCGUGGUACGGGAUUGAUUUCUAAAUGCCUCAGUGUUUCUUGUGUAACAUAAUCUCUGUAUCUCACUGUGCCCCACGUGUGCCAUAAUUCACCAGGAUUGUCUUCCUCGUUGAUUAUCUUCAUCAUCACACCACUCCUGUUGUGACUGUUUUGUAUAAGGUCAUUGUUAUUGUAGAGACGUAGAGAUUUGUUUGCUCAGACUGACACUGAGCCUGCCUGGAUUUUAACCUCAAUAAAUUUUACUUUGGUUUCA